AUGAACGCCCCGAAACACCCUCUUGAUUUGAAGCUGCUUGAUGCUGGUUCUCUUGAUGAGAAUAAUGAACACCCAGGUGUCUACCAUUCAGGCGAGGCAAUAUCAGACCAACAGAUGAAACAUCUCAAGAUGACAUUUGAGAUGGAGAAGGAGAGGCGUAGAGUCCUAGAACUCGAAUUACAACUGGAAAAACUCUGUCAACAGAGAUUCUCUACGGAUCGAUCACAGAAUGUCAACAAUCAUCCUGUCACCACCUCAACAGCCUGUACAGCCACAUGGGAUCCUAAUCUCAGUGAAAGGUUGGAAUUCAACCUUUAUAAACUGGAUAGCCGUGUUGACAAGGCAAUCUCCCAAUUCAAGGAAGAUGUCAAGAAUACUGUGAGAUCAAACAGUCUAACUGACACAUUCAAUUACAUCACAUGGAGCAUCUUCAUGAAAUCGAAACUGGUUGAUGCACAGUGUGUCAGACCACAUUUCUCCAAAUAUGAUGAAAAUCGGAUUGCUUAUACCCUAUGGAAUGCGAUCAAACAGGAAUACUCUGUCCUCAAAACACAGUUACGCCGUGAGGCAGUUCUGGAAUUCAUGUCUCUUGGUGGCACACAGGUCACCAAUCUACACACAUUCUUUGAUAAGUUCCAGUCCGCCAUCACGAAGUUGGAGAUGUUGGAUGCUUCCCCACCAGAUGCAUGGAUAUUUGAUACCUUCUAUUCAGUCCUACCCAACAAUUGGAGGGAUUAUGUUCAGAAGAAGAUAGAGGAGAUACAGGAUUCCAAAUCCACAGCUGUGGUAUUGGAUGUUGAUCUUCUCAUGGAGGAGAUCCGCUCGCGGCUUGAUCCUUCAAAAGAUAAAAAGAAUCUGCAGAAUACAGAUUCUGCGGCCAACUCAGCUACAACAGCUACAACAGCUACGACAGCUACAACGGCCAUAACAACUACCAACAACAAUACAUCGAAUUCGGCCCGUGGAGGCUGUAAUGGACAUGGUCGUGAUAAUUGGAGGAUCUACAACACUGCAAGGAUAAAGAAAUUCAAAGAAAAGAAGGAAAAGAAUAGUGAGGGUAGAACCCAACUAUUCAUUACAGAUGGAUCAGAGACCUAUCAGAUGGCAAACCUCGCAGAGGUUAUCAAUGUGCCAGCCUGUUUCAUGGAACCCCACAAGGAUCCCUCCAACGGGCGUUUAUACAUAUCAAAGGACGUCAUCUUCCAGGAGGACCUCCAUCUUGCCGAUCCAUCGAUACCAACUACUACGCACAACCCGAAGGUCCUACCCAAUGCGGCCCGUAAAGCGGCUGCGGCGAUUCCUUCGGCGACACCAGGCCUACCCGCCGCAACGAUUCCUUCGGCGAUUCCUGAUCCAUCAAUUGAUGAUCUGUUCAUUGAUGAGGAAAUCCAACCUGAGUGUCCAUUAUUUCUCGUACCCACUAAUAAUUGGUGGAUUGACUAUGAUAUCUCCGCGAGAAUACCUACCCUUUUAGUGCAGAAUACACUGAACUCCCCAGAACCCACAGUUGAAUCUGAUGACCCUCCGACAUCUACAAGGGAUAUCACUAUAGUGGGGGAAUCUACAGUGGGGGAAUCUUCAGUGGGGGACAGUCUUGAAGACCUACCCACCGAUCCCGAGAUCGCUGCACUUCCGAUCCCGAAAAACCUCACGCGCGCCAAAGCUUCCAUGGAAUGGAAGUAUUAUUACAAGGCCUGUGUUAAAGAGGUCAACCGUUCGAAAUAUACGCGUUGGAAAGAGAAAAUAAAGAAGAUAGGGGGAUAGAGGGAUAAAAAAUGAUGUAUCUCAUGACUGGUUUUUCAUUACUACACAUUUUCCAGUCAUUUUUUGUACCUGUACUUGAUUUGAAGGCGAAUUUUGUAUAUAGCAUCGUGUAUAGUUACUCUGGUGAGUGGGGGUGUCAGGUCACGUGAUCUGGCUUACUAAUCCUUCCACCAUAUAACUUUCCACAAAGCUAGCAACCUUUCAAUCACACAAGCUUUACACCUUCCACACAUA